AUGCUAACAGAAGAUGUAGUAUUCUAUUCAAUUGCUGGUUCAAUCCUUUUCUUUUAUGUCUUAUACUUGAUAUGGGAAUACUCAGCUAAAGAUGUACCUUUAUAUAUAAAGAUUCUAACCUUUAUUUCUUGGAUAUUAACCUUUUCAAUUGUCUUAGUUUUACCUAUUGAUAUCACUAAUGUUAUUUUACUAUUUUUAAUAUUAGUCAACCAAAUAGAACAAUGAAACUUAAUAAGUAGAAACUAUGGGGAAUAUCAAAAUAUUAUGGAGAAUUAUGUAUUGGGGAAACUUUUUCUUAGCUUGGUAUCUAUUCUGAAUAUUCAGGUUGGUCCUGCCAUUUUUUUAAGAUUAUGAAGGGUCUGGAGAUUUUGAUAUUAGAGGUAGAAUUCGAUACUCUUUGAAAAAGAAUUUAACAAUUUAUGGAGUAGGAACAAUAAUAAUUGUUGGAUUAGCUAUAUAUUUAUUAAUUAAAGAUAAUUUCGAUGCAUCUCAUGUAGAAGGUGUUCUUAUUGGUGUAAGCAACUUUUUGUAAUUAAUUAUAUAUAUAUAUAUCAUUAGUGGAUUACUUUUAGUUGUCAUCCUAUUGGGAUAAGGUCUAGUAGCAAUUCCAAAAUUAUACUAUAGAGAACAUAAAGAAGAAGAAGUUUUAGAAUAAUGUUAUUAAUAAGCUGUUCUUUUGGAUGAAUAAAGAACUGAGAAAACAUAUGAACUUGAAGACAUAUGUAGGGUUGUAAUAUAAUAUAAUUUAAAUUAGACCCUUUAGUUAUUGUAGAAUGAAUAUUCUGAUAGUGAAUUUAGUAGAUAUUUGAUGAUCAUUUUACAAAGGAUUCCUUAAGAAUUCCAAAAGAGUAUAAGAUAAACUUUAUAAAAAUAUAAUGCUUCCAAUAUUCCAGAUAAAUAUAAACCAUUAAAUUUAGAUGUCUUGGCAUCAAUACAUAAAUAUGUAAAAUGCCUUAUGUUUGAUCUACAAAGAAUUUAAACUAAACUCAAUAUUUUUAAUUAAAAAGCUUUAAAAUUUGAAAGGAAAGAUGUAGCAGAUGAUGAAACUUAGUUUUAAACUAAAUUGUCUAAAAUUAUCUAUAAGAUUUCUAUUAUUUGGAAUUUAAAACUUAGAAAAUAUUACUGUAUAGUUUUGGCUAUAACUUAUGGUCUACUCUCUCUAUUUAUAUUAUUUUGUGAGUUAAUAACCUUUGUGGCUAAAAACAAUAAAGAAUUAAAUCCCUAUUAUUUAUUAUUAUCAUCAAUUACAAGGUAUUAUUUAACCGAACUCGUUUUGUUAUUGCCUUUACUAUAUAUGAUGUUUUGUACUUAUUAUGGAUUAUUUGCUAUGAAAAUCUCAGGAUUAAUUUCAUUUAAUAAACAUCAUCAUACAGAUGCACCAAGUUUAAUGUUUGGUUCGAUGUAUAAUAAUUAUAUAUAUAAUUUUAGUAACUUUGCUAGAGUAAGUUUUCCCUUGUGUUUCAAUUUCAUUUAGAUUACAGACAUUCUAGAAGAUUAAGCCACUUCUUUUAGUGAAACUGUAGGUAAUUUAGCAGAAUCUCUUUUUGUAUAAAGUUAUAAGACAAUAUUACCUUUAAUGUUAUUGAUAAUGUGCUUUUUUAAUUUAUUUAAUAUUGGUGAUAAGUUAAUGAGAACUAUUGGUCUUGGAUAAUAUGCUUAGUAGGAAAGAAUUUAAGGGAUGAGUUUAGAGGGUAAAAAAAUAUUAGAAAAAGGUAUAAUUUAUUAUUAUUUAACAAGAAAGAGAGAUGAGAAAAAAAAAUAAUAUAAAUGAUAACAAUUCUCAAAUUGUAUUUUAAGAAUUAUAAAUAAUGCCUAAAAAUAAAAUUUAAGAUGAAGAAGAAACAUCAAGGAAAAAUUCAUAAAAUUAAGGAAUAAGAAAUUUUGAUUAAAUUCUAAAUAUAUGA